UAGCGUGGCAGUAUCAGUCUGCGGCUCGCCGCUGUGGCGUGUGAACGUGUCUCUGUGAAUUCUUGACCUUUGUACCUCUCAAAGUGGAUAAGGAUCGCGAAGAUUCUUAGAAUAGAUUGAACGAGAUAUUGAAAGACUGCGCGGCAGGAAAAGACGGAUCCCAACAGAAAGAGGCAACUAAUUUCUUUUAGAAUGAAGCUGAAAACUUUUAGGAAAACAUCUCUUUUACGAAGGGUUAUUGAUUCCAAUUACUUUUUGGUAACGGAGCGCUCGUUACUACCCAGUGGUGGUUUUAUAGUGAAGAAAUCUGCAUAUAUAUUACCGUAAAAAAAAAAAAGUAACCCGUACGAUAGCAGGCUUCUAUCUCUCCAUAGCAUCCCUGAUUUCAUUUAUAUACGAUCUAAAAACAAAGAAAUGACUGUAAGAGAUCAUUAAGAAACUAGAAAGAUAAUGAACAAAGCGGUUGAAUGGUAAAUAAAGAACCUGUGCAUAUAAGGGAAAGGAAAAUCAAGUGUUGAUCCUCACUGGGCGAGAGAGAGGAUCGGGAGCCUGAGAGCCCCAAAUGGAGGAGAGGGCGGUAAAGGGGCUGAAGGGGAGAAUGACGAAGCGCAGUAAAGGCAAGGGGGACAGAGGGGAAAUUUCACCUCGCAAGAAACUGACCGUAAAACUGGAGACGCAUUAAGGCAACAGUCGCUAAGUGUCCCCUCUGCCUAAGGAGCAGAACUGAAAAAGAGACAGAUACACCCACAUAAACAUCUGACCCUCAACAGGACACACGUCGUUGCUGGUUCCUCUAAAGGGACAUUUGUCCAGAUCCUCUCCUUUCGCGGAGAGAGACUCGACUUUUCGGGAAUCCAUGAAAUCUUCACUUUACUGUAUAAAAACAGUUUUCCAGCUAUAAGUCAGUAAUGGCAUCCUGUGGAUAACGUGACGAGGGUCUAGAGUGAUUUACCGAAUCUGUUGUGCUGUUGAUUCCAACUAGCGAAAAAAAGAAAAAAAAAACAUGCCUGUCUCAGAAGAAAAUCACAAGGAUUCGUUAAAAUCAUAGACAGUUUUUUUUUCAUUGAAAGGUAACGUAAAAUGUCAGUGUAGUUAGGUAAAAUAGAAUUCUAUCCGGUUCGCGUUUUUUACUUUUUUAUUUUUCUUUUCUCGACCAGAAUUUUGACUUUCAACAGCAAGCGAUGCACCUAGAGCUAAUUAUUAAGUUUAUCGCUAAUUGAAGCUCUAGGAAAGCUUUACCAAAUAAAAUUAUGUUCGAAUUUUAUUUUAAUCUAAUGUAAUUUUAUUACACGCGUGACCAAUUUGUUAUAAUGAUGAAUUUUUAAAAGGAACAAUCUUGUUAAGAUAGGAUAAGAAAAAUGAACGUGAUACAAGAGAAAUCAUACAACAUUACAGACGCAUUGUGAGACAAAACAGAAAAUAAGAACAGCGUCGUAAAUAUAUGUUCACUUAUUCGUAAUAUUUGUUAUAAUAUUUGAUAUUCGUUAAAAAAUGAAACGUAAGAUUAAUAAACACAGAAAACAGAAAGAAUAGUAGCAUGUAACGUUAUAUGGACGAUUUAAGAAAAAAAAAGUGAUUAUUUUCAAGGACCAAUUAAACGCAGUCACUCCCCGCAAGCACUUACUUCUUGCGGUCUCCAACUCCGUAAACCCCCUAAGCCUCUCUCUCUCUGUCUCCCUCUCUCUCCUCCUCCUCCUCCUCCCUCACUCUCUCUGUCUCUCUCCUGCCCGCAAACGCACCUCUUGAAGCAUCGACCGCUCUCGCCUCGCCUAGCCUCCUAACUUCAACGUCUGGCAAGAAGAUGUUGGGCCCAGGGGCCAGGCCUGACCGAAAAUGCGUCUUGUGGACAUGUUUCUCCAUACUAGUUGGAGUUGCCAUACCCAGAAGCGCCGCUGAGGAGGAAGACUGGAGUACAUUGGUGGCUGUGACAGAAACCAGGGGUUCAACAGCCAAAUUGCCUUGUAAUAUCAAUUCAUCUAAUAAGGAAGACCCCGUGUUGUUAGUGUUGUGGUACAAGAAUGCUUCAGUAACCCCAGUGUACAGUUACGACUCGAGGGGCCGAGCCAACGCGAAGGCGGGUUCAGGGCGCCAGCAGCAGUGGGGAGACGAGGAAGUUUGGGGAAGGAGCCAAAGGGUAUGGUUCGACACGUCGACUUCGCCUGCUAAUCUCCUCGUCAAAGAUGUCAGGGGACAAGACGAGGGGAAUUACCGCUGUAAAGUUCAUUUUAAGGCCUCACCCUCGUGGUCUCAAAGCAUUACCCUUCAUAUUAGAGAUCCUCCAGGAUUCCCCCGAAUCCAAGAUGAAGCCGGAAGACGUCUUGAGGGUCCAAUAGGGCCUUACGAGGACAGCUCAACCAUUCGAAUGAUGUGUCUCAGCUCGGGAGAACCGCCGCCUGACCUCAUCUGGAGUGGAAGCGGGGUCACCCCGGGCUCAGGGUCACAGGUCGAACACGACGGCACAACAGCCAGAACGUUGCUCAAUGUAGUGGCGUCGAGGAAAACGGCUGGCUCGACCAUUUCAUGCUCGACUAAGAAUUCUUCGGUGUCAUCGGGCAUCAUGAAUACAGUCGACGUUACGCUCAAAGUAAACUUGCCACCUUUGAAGGUGACUUUAGAAACCCCAGGCGAGUGGGUAAGUGGAGGCCAGCAAACCUUGUUUAGGUGUCGAGUUAUAGGAUCGAGCCCUGAGCCAAUCAUUCAGUGGUGGCUGGCCGGGCGACAACUCACCGCUCAUGCCCCAUUGACCACAGUAUCGGGGAACGUUAGCGUCAGCACCGUAAAAUUAACGCCAGAACCGGGAGACCAUGGAGUCCCUUUGGUCUGCAAGGCAUUCAGCCCUAAUCUUCCAGCGGUGAUGCAUGACCAAAUAACACUCAAUGUUCACUUUGUUCCAGUGGCCACCAUCUCCAUCAGCGGGGGAGCGGUUAAUGGAGUUCGAGAAGGUGGUUCUGUCGUAUUUACUUGCCACCUGAAGGCAAAUCCGAAGGUUUACAACGUUACAUGGUUUCACAACGGCCGGACAUUGCGGCGACGAGAGUGGGGCGCCCUUAUAACCAACACAACUCUUCGGUUGCCCAACGUCACCGCUGAUAUGAGAGGCCUCUACACCUGCGUCGGUAGCAAUAGAGAAGGCGAUGGGCAAAGCAACGCCGUCAAUUUAAACGUGGAAUUUGCGCCGAUCUGUUCCCCGGAGCAGAAUAGAGAAUACGUCGUAUCGAGAGGGGAAAGUGUUACAGUCGCCUGCAGCGUGCAAGCCUACCCUUCUUCCGUGACCUUUAGUUGGGCCCUAAAACGCCCAUCAGAUGAUUCCUUAGUGCGACUCCAAACUGUCGGGAGAGACGAAGGCCUCACGGGCCAUUAUACUCUCAAUGAGCUCAAGGAAGAGAGCGUCGAGCUGUGGUGCUACGCGAAAAAUGCCAUCGGGAACCAGCGAAGUCCUUGUAGAUUUACCAUCUACACCCAAGGGCGUCCGGGGCCAGUCAGCAAGUGCAACGUCAGCAACCACACAGCUUCGGGAUUCGUGGUCCGGUGUCUAUCAGGGCCUCUCCGCAGUAUGAAUACCCAGUAUACCCUUCUUGUUCAUGCUCAAAAAUCCACAUCAGGUCGUAACCCCAACAUGGUAGGAGGGGGAGGAGGGUCGAGCGACGGAAGCAAAGGAGGCAGGAAAACCAGCAAGAAAAAGCCCCAGGAUGGAAAUGAGGGUGAGGGGGGCGGGGGCCUGCCCUCCUCCACCCUAGGACAUUUCGUUCGGAAUGUUACAAAUUCUUCCCCUUUCUUUGUAGUCGGUGGCUUGCAAUCGGGUCAGGAAUUUACAUUACUGGUGAGCGUUUCAAAUGAGGAGGGGAUCAGUCCUCCAGUUGUCCUCAGUGCCUUUACUCUAAAAGACAACGCGCAGACUGUCAUAGGCAUGCCCUCUGGCGGAGGCGGCAGAUCAAGCAGCGGCACGACCUCUGGCGAUGGGUCUGGAUCCAGUUUAUCUCCUGGAAGUGGGGCUAAUGCUGGUAACAAUGGCGCUAUGGCCGGUGGCGGCGGUGGGAUGAGUGGCAUUGGCGGUGGCAAUAGCAGUACGAAUAUGGAGGCUGGCUUUCAGCUUCUAGUGCCACCCAUGAUAAUUGUGCUGGUAACGUCUGUGGCUGGCAUCGUCCUGGUCGCCAUUCUCAUCAUUAUCGUACUCAAGCGGAGGGGCAGGAAUCGCAGCAGAGAUAACGAGAUGGAGCAGGUCAAGUUGAACGAGGAAAUGGCAUUUGUACAGACAAGAACGCCGGAUAGCACAUCAAGAGAAACGACAGGAUCAAGUCGGAAGCUCAUUGAAGGAAGCGAAGGCGACCGGAGCAGCGGGGGCCCAAGUGGGAGCGGAGGAGGAACCAUUGGAAGCAUUGGAAGUGACAUCGUUGGAGGAGCAGUGGGUGGUGGAGCCGUUGGAGGCGGUGGCAUGACAGGUGGAGGAAAUGUCGGAAGCAUGAUGAUGCUGGGCACAGGGGGCGGCGUCAGCUCCUCCGGAGUGAUGUUGGCUUCCGUGGAUGGCGGCACGUUCGGUUCCUGCAAUGGCGAUCUUAUUACGACGACAUCCAGGGAUUCUCUCCUUGGGACGAGAACAAAACAGGGAGAGCAAAUGGAGGGACUUUCUGUGUUGAAGACACAACUCUACCUAUUCUUGGGAUCCAAAAGCUGGGCGAGAACACUGCAGGGCACGUUGUCCUCGAAGGCUUGCGUCCUAUGGGAUCUCCCCUGAGUGCAUCUUGUUCCAGCUUCCGUUCAACGCUUCCCAUGACGGGCAUGGGUAUGGGUACCCUAGGCCGUGGAACAAUGGCUGGCACUCUAGGCGGCACUAUAGGUGGUCCUAUGAGUGGCACUAUGGCUGGCACGC